AAUUAAAUUAUUUAUAUAAAGGCAAUUGCAGUAGAUGUACAUGAAAAAAAGAUUAUUUAGCUCCACGGUUAUAACUGUUCGUUUUUUCAAAAAUUCCAAAAGUACCCCUACUCCACUUCAGCUCCCUCUGACACACCUAUGCUACGCUAUAUCUGGCAGAGGUCAUGAUUAUGUUAUACCACUCUACAGCACGCUAAUAAACUCAUUUCCCCUAAAAAAUAAACGUUUUUCUCCAUUAUUACCUUACCACUAUUCAAUCUCCUUCUUCAUUUUAUUUUUCGGAGUAUACGCAAACUGUCUUUUGCAAUUGUGGAGGGUGAUAAUUUUAGAGAUGGUUUCUGCUCGGCUUGUUGAUCAUCCGGAUUCACCAGAAGAACAACAGAUGCGGCCAAUUCCAAAGAUGAUGUUUGCAGCUGGCGAGGAACCCGUAGGUGUUCGUGUUCUUACUUAUCAAUCGUCGAGCGUUUUAAAACGUAUUUUUAAUGCGUUAGAGGAAGAUGAAGUUGAAAUUAUUAGGCAAUCUUCUUUUGGUAGAUUGAUCGAGAUUGCAGACAAACCGGUAUUUUCGGGUAGAUUCGCAAGGUAUUUGUUAUCAAGGCAGCUCAAAACGAAGAAGAAACAUGAGGCCUGGUUUAGAUUUUCCGGAAAACCGGUUCGGUUCUCCCUUCGAGAAUUUGCAAUUGUGACGGGAUUACCAUGCGAUAAUUUUCCGCGGAAGUCGAAGAUGAAGCUUAAGAAAACUAUAUCGGAGAAACCCUAUUGGCCAACUUUGUUUGGAAAAGUUGAGGUGGUUACCGUCUCUUCUUUGAUCAAGAUGCUGUACCGGAAAACUGUAAAGGAUAAGGAAAUCCGGAUUAAAUAUGCAUGUUUGGCUCUUCUCGAAUCGGUCCUUCUUCCUACAAGCCUCAACAUGAAGAUAUCUAGAGAGCAUGCGGAAGCUAUUGAAGAUCUUGGGGAAUUUUUUGCGUUCCCGUGGGGGAGGCUUUCUUUUGACCUGCUUAUGGGUAGUAUUAAAGAGAGAGAUGAGAUUGGUCUGUCUCAAAAUACGAUUGCGGUUAAAGGAUUUGUACUCGGUCUACAGCUAGUGUUGGUUGAAGCUGUACCUGCCUUGACAGAGGUGGUGGAUGAUACGGGUUCUUCAUCUGAAUCAGAUGUCGAAGAUCUCGAUGGAGUUGGCCGUGAUAUUUUCCGGAAGAAACACACUUUGAACCCUGCUCACGCGCGAAGUGUAGACAAGAGAACUGAUGUUAUUGUUCAUAGCAUCCUUGAUGACGAUCCUUUACAACCUCUUGAUGCUGGAAACUUAGCUUAUUCAGACGAAGAGCAAGAUUCGAGAGUCGAGAACCUGGUUGAAGGCAUAAAGGGUAAUAUAAAUUAUAAUUACUCUUCUUUCGAAGGUGGGAUGAGACAGAUUGAUGUGGAGUAUAUGCGACAGUUUUGUAAAGGAUCGUCGAAGUCAAAGAAAGCAAAUAAUUUGCAGAAUAAUGUUGAACGCAAUGAUCCUUCUUAUGUUGCGGCAACUGUGAUAGAGAAAAUGAAACCUCGGUUGGAUUUAUUGGAGAAAAACCAAAAUGUCGCAUCUUCUACGCUGGUUGAGAUGGAGGGGAGAGUUGUUAGACAAGUGGAGUCCGUGCUGGUAAAGUUUAAGGAGGACAUGAUUAACAGUGUUAAGGAUAUGGUUUCUGGAUUGUGCAAAGAUUACUUAGCUGCCCACGUUGCGCCCCAAUAUGUUUCCCCACCAGUUCGUAAUGACGUUUCAGGCACAUCAAACCAUACGACUCCGGUGGCUGAUCAUAAUGAAGUAACUAUCCGAAAUGUUUUACGCAAUCUUAGUGACUACUCUACUCCGCCACGGUCGACUCGGAUGAGUCAGGAUGAGAACCGGACUCCAACAAUGAAGGAUAAUAAUGGAUCCGGAUAUGAGUGUGUUACUCUGGUACCGCCGAACGGAGCCCAGUCAGCCAAUAGCGAGAGUCGUGCAAGGCAAAGUUCGUUUCAACAACGAUUGGUAAGAUUGUUUAAAUUUACUUAUAGAUUUCUCAUAUUCUUACAAUUUCAUACUUUUCUAUAUUACUUAGUUUUCCUGUUUAUUAUUAAGGAGUUACAUAAAAGGAAAACACAUAAUGUAGAGGAGGAACCUUCAUUCUCGCUUGGUCUUACUCAAGAAGAACAGAGUGUGGGUAUAGUUAAUGUUUCGGUAGGCGAGGAUGAAUUCGCAGAUCUUGUGCCUCCUAUACAUGUAGCUGACAACAUAGAAGAAAGGCAAUUAUGUCGCAAGAGCAAGAGGCAGAAGACGGUUCCGUCAGGGCUUCUUGAAACAUACCAGUGUGGUCCUCAUUUACUGUCACGGUUGAGAGAAUAUCGGAAGUUCAUUUUCUUAUUGGAUGAUAUGUCUGCUAUGGAAAGGAAGUUCGAAAAACUGUCAUCAGACGUAAAGAGGAAUUCGUAAGUAUUUUAAUUUUUUUAAACAAAAUAUAGCAGUUAUCUGGCAUUGCAACAACUGGUUAUCGUUUUACCAUACUACUACAUCGUUGUAUCAGCGUUGUCAAUGUUUCGGGAAUAGUUGUAUCAGUGAAGGAAAUCCUUUACAUUGUUGAAAAAAGACGUAUUUAUUCGGCUAAGGUGAGUUGAACUUAAUAGAAUUUAAAUGAUAUGAUUUAAAUAUAGUUUGUUUCUCAUUAGAUAUAUAUAUUGUUACAGAUUGUUGAUAUUCUUAUCAGAGUUAUACGUAGUGGCUUCCUUAGUCAGAUUCUUCCCCAUGGUUCACGCAGUGGUGAAUUUCUUGAAACCAAAAUUGUCUCCGCAAUUAUUAGGAACUUUCACAAGUUUCGUAAGAGUACUAAUAAAGAGGAGUACAAUUUCCCCACAUUAUUGACGGAUGUUUUUCCCAGAAAUGGAGAUCCAAAGCACCACCCUAGAAGGUACUACUUUCCAUUCAAUGUCGACAAUAAACAUUGGGUUGGUAUUUGCUUUGAUGCUGGCUGUGGCCACAUCACAAUUCUUGACUGUGCUACGUCUCUGCAUAAUGAUGCUUCAAUGGAGAAAUAUCUAACUCCUCUGGUCCAGAUGUUACCCUAUCUAGCUCGAUAUACAUGUCAAGAUGUAGGAGAAGAUCCUGUGAUCCAGUGUUUUGAUGUGUCGAGGCCAAAAUCAGUCCCCCAAAUAUCAAAAACAUCGGAUUCUCGCUUAAUGUCUCUAAUCUUAAUGGCGACCCAUGCUGUUUAUGGCAUAGAAGCGUGCAAGAGUAUUAGAAGUGACGUUCUAACGGAUGAAGGAAAAAGGGCUGCGAUAUUGGCGUACGAGUUCAAGGAGAAGCUCUAGAUCAUGGAUUGUUGUUGUUAUUAGACUAAUUUUAUGUUUCUCUAAGUUUGGAAUUGUCUUUAAAUUCACCUUCAGUUGUAAGAGUCUACUUCAACUUUAAAAAGUCUACGUACCGGCUUAGAGUACAAUAUCGCUCAUUUGAGUUCAUUUGUAGUUUCUCUACUCUCUCAGUGUUUAUUUGCAUUUCUAUGUUGUGAUGGAAUGUUUGUUUUCUAAGAACACCUUUUAUUAGGUAGCCCCCUUUUAUGUUUGAAUCUCCUAUUAUUAACCUCCGCAUUGUCAUUUUUACACACAUUUUUCUACUUAAAAUGUUAAACUUUGUGUUAGGAUAAUUUCCUAUGCUGGUCUUACUAUAAUUACCGGUCUUCUCCCUUAUACACUAACGGCUGCUUAACUAUAUGUGUUAAUGUAGUGUAAUCACCACAUUAACACUUACUUUGCAAAAACGGUUUUAUAUAAAUUUAAGCGAGAAAAUCGGAGGCUGGAGAUGAUACGUCUCUUCAAGUCAGGCACGCGUAUGGGUAAGAGCUUGGCAUUUGCUAACUGUUGUAGCACAUCAUGUCGGGUAACUGAUUUCUCGAAUCUCAUCAUCAUACCUAUAUUAUACCAUAGACCAAUAUUUAUUUUCGAAACGAUAGGGUUCUCUUGAUCUUAUCUUCUAUUUGCUUGCUUUUGGGGUCUAUAAAUUGGUUGAAAUGUUAUGACCAUACAUCAUUGCAAAUUCCUUACAUUACGAUAAGCUGAACAAAUCAAAGAAGGUACGAAAAUAAGUUUUUCCUUAUGUUGUAGUACAUAUCCAAUACUAAUUGAACAUAUUUUCAUUAGAUGUCCACGGUAUUACCUGUGCGUUUAUUCCACGGGGCUUGGCGCCGUAAUGAUGAUGGGUAUUGGAUUUUCCAGAGGAGGCCAAGUGACCUUGGCUUGACGGUGUUAAUCAAGCCGACAUAGACGUUUGAAGGUUUAGAGAGUAUCAUCCGUGACCAUUAUAAUUUAAAACCGGAUACUCCCUUCACAGUAGUUUAUCACCCACCAGAAUGGCUUCUCGAACCUGAGGGAACUAGAACGCCUCCCACACCGAUAACUACAACUUCGGAAGUGGAAGCAAUGAUGAGUCUUCGUUCUUGGUAUGCCGCACUGACGCUGUGCGUCUCAUCCGGUCCUGAAGAUGUUGCACAUUACCAGUUUCUGAGCAACACAACUUUCUCCGUGGGCGGAGCAACAUUUGUGUUCAGUGGUUAGACUUUAUAUUAAAUGAGUUAGUUAUUUCACAUUCACUAUUAUAUUUUAAACACAUUAAAAUCUGGUUGCAGGCCUAACUGAAAGCGAACUUGUUUCAAGUAAGGAGGUUCUAGAGGACAUAUUUAACGAGCAAGAGCUAGUAGGAAUCUACAGAGCCCAUCUUGAAAUUGAAAAGUAUAAACAGGAUCGUGGAAAUGGUGCAUCUGGCAGUGGUUCCGAUGCUCGUUUUGGAAACGAAGGUUCGCUUGAAUACUAAUUAUACCUGACUUUUAAGUUAUAUUAUAUGAAUUGUAGAUAACAUAUCUAUAUUUUUUAACUUAGAAUCUGGUUCUCCUACAUCUGGAUCCGCUCCGUGAAAUCCUCUGCUUCAACCAUGUUCGUCUAUUUCUCCAACAAUAAGGCACUGAGUGUCCUCUUAAAGUUCUAAUGACUUCUCCUCUAAGCUAUGUUAUCUGAAUAAAUGUACUCUGUUGUAUAAUUAUCUGCAUGGUCGGAUAAAAAUGUUGGAUGUUUAUGUUCAUUAUGUAUUAUGUGAUGCUUGUACUUGGCAACCCAUAAUUUCUAUGUUUAUGUGGAAUGAAUCGUUUAUAUUUUUAAUAUUAUGUCAUUCUAUUGGCUAGUUACAUAAAUGUAAACACACAGUAGGAAUUGUAGUUUCCAGUUAUUACAACUUCGCUUUAGUAGAGAGGUUUUAAAUGAAAUUACGAUUACACUAAAAAAAUGGAUUGGACAUCAAACACGUUAUUGUAGGUUGACAUCUCAAAUGAGUUGUCUAUUGAGGGGAAGGUCCAAAAUUAGAUGACCUAAGGUAAUCUUUGUUCGAGAGGUAUGAAUGAUAUUAAUAUGUCAUUUUCCCUAUUUAAGGCGGUUUGUUUUACAUGAUACUUUGCGUUCUUUAUUCUUUAGAUUGAAUGUCUAAAUUUGUGUGGUUUUUUGUAUAAAGGAACAUGAGUAACAUUGUUUUUAACAUUUCCCAUAUGGUGAACUAUUGCUCCGUAACUACUUCAGGAUUUAUCAAACCUUCUCUGACUUUUGAGUAGAUAUCUGGAUUUAUCUCUGCUUUGUUGCGUGAUAAUGUUUUCCUUAAUUGUAUAUAACGAAUUUAUUUGGCUACGUAUAUGUCCUCCAUGUUUAAGCAUUGUGAGCUAUUUGGCCAAUUAAGGGCAAUAACUUCUUCACGAAGCUCACAAAAUACUAAAUAUUUCGUGUACAACCUUAGAUAACGGAAUUGGCUUCUUAUUUAUAUCACAUUCUCGGAAAAUAGUACAACCUACCUCAGUCCUAACAUGGAUAAAAUAUUUUACAUUCACAUGUUACAGUUUUAUUUUUCUUUCACAUUCCACCAUGCAUAUCAAACACCUUCAUCAUCCGUGAAGAGCCUCCUCCGAGUUCAUAUAAAUUUUUUAUAUCGGAACUUUGCAUGUUGCUUUGUUAUGUCCCUUUCCUUUGCAACGGCUACAUAGAUGUCUUCUUCUUGGGGUUUUCAUCUGUGGAAAGGAAAUGGGUUGUUAACUAUAACAUGGUGUUUUAACGAACUUAUAUAUAUAUAGAUAUUUUUUACCCGCAUUUCUCCGGUAGACAAUAUCCUGCUCUUUCGAGGUCUACCCGGAGGACGUCUACUUGCGGGGGGGAAUAUUAGUAAUGGUUCCUGUUGACCAUCUACGGUUAUUCCGCAGUUAUUGACAUCGUCCGUUAUGGGUACUAUGUCUUCUGCAUAUCCAGCAGCUAGCGUUUUCAAAGUGUAAAACUCAGAUACUAGAGAUUCAAUAGUAACUUUAUCUUUGAUUGCUGCCGCAAUUGCAUGGUGGCAAGGUAUGAGUAGCAUCUGGAAUGAGUAACAGCUACAAGUUUUUUUGACUAGGUUAAUGUGGAAUGAUGAACCAUUCAUCUCUUUAACCUCGUACUCAUCAUUGUUAAUCCGGCUUACUAUCAGGCCACCGCUUCUGUCAAAGUUGGUUUCGAUAAUAUCUUUCACCCGUGGAGUUAAUCUCCCAUUUCCCUCCAAUGUAACAUUACGUCGUUCUGCGUACCAAUCCAUCAGUUUCGAUCUUAUAAACUCCACCAACGCCACGAUUGGAUACUCUCUCGCUUCUCGGAGAACUGAAUUCCAUGUUUCAGCGACGUUGCUUGUCAUUAUGUUGUAUCGAUUUCCAGAGAAAUGUGCUCGGGCCCAGUGCUCAAAACCAAUACUUGUAAGGUAUUCUGCGCAGGAACCAUUUAUGUUUUUGAUUUCGUUGAAAGCGUUGUAAAAUUCACCGAGUUGAAAUGCCCGUGCAGCUUUUCCGACCAAGUAGCUAAGGUGCUUGUUUUUGUAAUGUGUCGUGAUGUUGCGCUGCAGGUGUAAAAUGCAGGCGCAAUGCUUUGCUGCGGGAUAGACCUACACAUAUCGUCAUAUUUGAAUGAAUCAUAAAUAUGUUCUAUUCACAUUUCAAAAACCCUAAUAGCAGGAAGAUAUUCAGUUGCUUAUAAUUUUCAUAGGAAGAAUGUCUGUCUGAUACAAUUACAAGGUCGUUAUUGUUGGGGAUGAACUCCAAAAGAAUUUUAAAAAACCACUCCCAUGCGUUGUCGUUUUCACCAUCAACUAUGGCCACAGCUAUUGGAAAUACUUGGUAAUUGCCAUCUUGGGCUGAAGCCGAUAAUAAGCAACCCGCAUAUUUUCCACUAAGAUGAGCGCCAUCAAUGAUCAUAACGUUACGCAUUUGCUUGAAACCGGUAAUACAUGCACCUAGGGCAAGGAACAUGUAUUUGAAUCGAUGACCAACAUUAGCAUCGUGGACUGUAUGAAUUUCUGCAAUGGUGCCAGGAUUUGCUACAACGAGUUUUUGCAGGUACUCUGGAAGUAACUUGUAAGAGGUAUUGAACGACCCUUUUGCAUACUGGAGGGCAAAUUCGCGGGAACGCCAAGCUUUCCAAUACGAAAUUCUAAUAUUGUGAUCGCUCAGCAUGCCUUGAAUUAUUUCAUUUGGGCGCGGUCCGCAUCCCUUCCCUGCAAAUCUUGGCUUCAUCAACUCCCUAACGACAGAAUGUGUGGCUUGUUCUUCGUAACCUGCGUUUAGAGUUAACAUUACGUGAAAAAUAGAAAGGACUACAUAUCGUUAAUCCAAUAUUUUAUUUUUCCCAUUGAAAACAGAUCAUUCUCUCUAUCUCUACCCAAAUGUUACUUUAUCCAUUGACUUAAAUAAAUGUGCGUCUUGGUUUAAAGAAUAAGUUAUAACGUUAUUUGAAAUGCAAAUUUAUGGAAAAUAUAUGGGUCGUAUUAUAGAAUCAACGGCAUAUUUUUACCCAGCUUUAUAUUUUUCACAAACCCUCCAUUGUUUCAAUUAAUGUUUCUACCUGUUCGAUCGUCAACUGAACAUGAAUGUUCCAAUAUCAGUUUCCGAAUUUCGUACUUGUCCACGUUCUUCAUUUUAAUUGCAUACACUCUCCAGUUGCAUCUUAAACUUAUGCAGCGAAAAACCAUUCCAUCGGUCGAUGAACGAGAAUUUUUAAACCGGAAUUUAUGUCGCAAUGCGUACAAUGCCAUGUGUUGUUUGAAUUCCGCUCUACUAGAAAAUAUCUUUCCCUCAUACAGUUCACUUGAGUUGUUUGGCACGUUACCUACAAAUAUGUUUUCCCACGUUGAAUUAGUAGAAACCUAAAUACACUCUUAAUUUAACAUAUUUUACAUUAAUAUUUCAUAAUAUUAUUUGACAUUACAAGGUGCCGAUUACAUAUUAUGCAUCAUUAGAGUUUCAGAAAACACAACAAAAAACCAACUCCCCGCGGCCACAUAUUUCACAUCAAAAGGUAGUAUUUAUUUAUGUUACUUUCAUUUCAAACCAAGCCUUAGGUUUAAAAGAGGGGAUCAAACCCACUGAUUCCUGCUUCAGCUUCCGAAGACGCGUCAUCCAGACCACUGAUAGGAACUGCAGCAGUCGUUUUUUUUUUCCAAACCUAUUCCAAGGGUUAAAUCAAGGCAGGGUUCAGUAUUGGUUGGAGUCACAGGUGGAUCCGUGGCGACGACAACUUCAUCGGCGGAGGUUGUCUUCUCUUUUCCAACUGCUGCGGAAGAGUCACCUAUACAUAUUAUUAUAUGACCAUUAGGGGUAAUAUUUACCAUUAAAUUUGUCAACUACGUAAGGUUAGCAGUAAUGAAAUAUCACCUAUCAUGAGCGUUGAAACUGGUUCCACGUCAUCUUGUGUAGCAGGGUUUGUUACAUUGACGCUGUCGUUCACUCUGUCUGAAGAACCGGUGUAAGAACCCUCACUACCAUCGUUGAUGAUA